AUGUUGAAUGACGACAGAAAUGAAGAAAGUCCCCUGUCAUUACCACUCUACAACAAUUCAUACCUUCAAAAUCUCCUACCUUUUAAAGUACCAGCGUUCAGCCAUUCGCAAACAGUGAGCAGCAUUGUUCAAUCUAUAACUGAUGUAAAAGAUGAUUUGGUACCGGGAUUGCCAAACGAUAGAAAAAUUGACUCUGAUCGUACCGGAACUGAUUACCCGCUAAUUACUGAGGAAACAUUAUCAGUACCAGUUAAUCAAUAUGCUAUUAAUAGGAUCUCCCAAGAAAACAAUUUGCAUACACCUGUUUUUGAACAAUGGACUGAUAGAUGGGAAAAUACUUUUGAUGGAAGUCUAACAACUUCAAUUCCCGUUAUUACAUUAGACCAGGCUUAUGACAGUGACAGAAACUAUUUAUCUACCGCUCAGGUCAAAGAAAAGAUACUUCAGCUCAAUACUUCAGCUACACUGGCACCUGACUCUUGUGAUAACUCGUGCAAUGAACUGUCACAUUAUUAUGAUAAUUUUCCUGGGAUGAAAACUGAAACAUCUUCGUCGGUGGAGUACGACGAGUCUGAAAAGUUGAAACAAAGAGAUAAGGAAGAUAAGGAAAAUUACUACGACGAAAUAAAGGGUGAGCGCAGAACUCGUAUUUCAUUUUCACGGCAUCCUAGCUUGAAGAAGCAGCCAAUUCCCGAGAAAUUCUUCCAAAAAAUGACACAAUUAGGGACCAAAACUCAAGAUAAAGUAACCUCCUUCGCUGGAAAGAGUGAUUUUCAAAAAACCAACGUCGUAAAAUCAAAAUCUAAGCUUCAUGUUGCUUCUAAUAACAAAUAUAAAAAGGUAAACAAAGCUAACAAUAGCAAUUUUCAAAUAAACAUCUCUAGUAUUGCUGAAAACCGAAAAGCACAGAAUUUCGAGAAAUUAAAGUUUCAUGGGUAUCCAACAAUUAUUGGUUUAUCCAAGAAACAUAUAUUUCUAUCAUCAAAUCACGAUUUACUUCAAGCAAAUUCAGUAACAAAGGAACCAAAAAAUUCAGGUCAACAUAAUGGGCCAAGAUUUUCUUUCUUGAAAUUCAGAAUGGAACCCAACAAUGAAACUAUAAAAAUUUUGAUAAAACCAGUUAAACUAGUGAGAGCGCAACAAAACAACUUUGCCGAUGAACAACUAAAUACUAAGCCACCAAUGAAGGAAUUUCACAAAGAUAACUCUCUCAGAAUAAAAAAUUUAUUGCCGAAAUCUUUUGGUAAGGAAAGGAAUUUGUUAGCUGAAACUGUUCACAGAACAUCAAAAUUACAACGAAGGAUAGUAAAUAAUACCGUUAAAAAGUCCGGUAGUGGCUUACAAUUUUUGAAUAUACGUAAGAAGCCUGAACAAAAAAAGACAAUUGAUAGUUUUCUUUAUUACAUACCAAAGUCUCAAACUGAAGAUGUGCACGGUAAAUUUAGUAGCAAAUUGGUAUUCGAGGUACAACCGGAUAGUUGGACCAAUAUCUCUGAUAUUUCUCGAGAACAGUCAUUACGUAAGAAAAAGUUAAAUGAAUUUUCUGAAGUUGCAAAUAUGCCAAUACCAGAAAAAGAAAUUAAAAAGUACACUCUAAUACCAACAGAAAAUACUCUGCUUAAUCUGUCUAUUGAACAUCAAGUUUUGAUGAAAAAGAAUAAAUCGAAAAAAGCCAUUCGAACAAGGAGAGCAAAAUUUUUUUAUUCGAAUGUUAUCAAAUCAAGUUAA